AUAACUACAGGCUACAACUUGGAGGAUGAUCGCUGUGAAUGUGUGGCUCUGCAAGACUACAAGGAGAACGAACAGAUUUAUAUCUUCUACGGGACGCGGUCCAAUGCAGAGUUUGUCAUCCACAACGGCUUCUUCUUUCAAGACAAUGCUCACGACAGAGUGAAGAUCAAGCUCGGCGUCAGUAAGAGUGAGCGUCUCUACGCCAUGAAGGCCGAGGUCCUGGCACGGGCCGGCAUCCCGUCCUCCUGCGUCUUUGCGCUGCACUGUAACGAGCCCCCGAUAUCUGCUCAGCUUCUGGCCUUCCUGAGAGUCUUCUGUAUGACAGAAGAGGAACUAAAGGACUACCUGCUCGGAGAUGGAGCUAUCAACAAGAUCUUCACUCUGGGGAACAGCGAGUUCCCCGUCAGCUGGGAGAAUGAGAUCAAACUGUGGACUUUCCUAGAGAACCGAGCUUCUCUGCUGCUGAAAACCUACAAGACCACAUCAGAGGAUGAUCGAUCUUUUUUGGAGAAACCGGAUCUCUCCCUUCACUCCCGUUUGGCGGUGCAGCUCCGCCUGGCUGAGAAGCAGAUCCUGGAAAAAGUGUCAGCCAGCGGUCGGGAGAAACGACUUCACUUCCAGAAAAAGCUGGAGGAAGGUGCUCCGCUGCCACACUUCGAGGAGAGUGACAUUGCUUUGCUGGAAAACAGCGACACGGAUGCAAAGCUUCCCAUUAUCCUGCGCAAGCUAGAGGAGGUAGAGGAAAGAGAUGGGCUGCAGGUGGAGGAGGAGCCCCUGCUGAAUGGGGAGAAGGUGGGCUAUGGAACGGUGGAGAGUCAGGAGGUCAGCAAAGACCAGACGGAAGACGAGUCUGAACUGAGUGCCAAUCGAACUGAAGAUAUCCCCAAAGAGAACAGUGAAUAACUGACCCCCCUCACUGCCACAGCUCAAGCUAUUUAUUUAUUUUCUGUCUCUAAAUGAGUCAAAAAUGUAGAAGCUGUAAAAUAUGAACCGUAUGUUCAUCCAGCGUGGCUUCCUGCUGAACUCUCUCAGCCUUGUUUCAGGAGAGGUUCAGUUUAAAAUAGGCUUCUGGUGAUGUUUGAAACAAGAAAACAGUCGAAGGCCUGCAGCCGAGGAGAAGCUGAAAACCACACCGUGGAUUUCAGUGGUUUGUUCUCUUAUCUUGAUGUUAUUUUUCCUGGAUCAAGAAUCUCUCCUGUUAGGUGAAUUACCUGCUUUAUCCCGGCAGUGCGUCUCCAUGUAUAUUCUCUGUUGACAAUCAUUGAUUGGCUGUUUGUGAAUGACACCAUCCCUGCCCUGUCUGGUUUUCUUCUGACUAAAAUGAAAGAUUUUCUUUAUUUGAAACAUAUCUGUGUGAAUGUAUUGAGUUGCAGCGGUGAUCCAGCAGGAAUGAUCACUGCGUGUUUUCUUCAUAAAGCCAUAAACAGCAGAUGAUUUGGUGAGAAACAAGAAUGUCUUCUUUUGUUUUUUCUCAUUGGACUUUUGCUUUUUUUCUUAGAUUUUCUUUGAAAUGGUUAAACAGUAGGAAACUGUUCUGUUUCUCCUCUGCUUUGUGUUCAUUGUUGAAGUGAGUCUGACAAUCCCCUGUGAAAAGACCCGACCUGAAGGAAAAGGUAAAGAGACUGCGGCGGUUUUGUCAUGUCCUAACAAAAUGUGGACACAGCUGGGUCUGUAUGACAUGCUUCAAUAUUAAAGAGCAUAAAUGCCAAAGAUUCAGUCAGUUUGUGCUAACAGAUUUUCUUCUUUUAAUUCAUAUUCAGGCUAUAUAUAAAAAAGUGGCUUUUCCCCCCCAAAAGUUCUAAAGAAGAAUUGUGCUUUUUUUUAAAAGAUAACGUAAAAUUGAAAAAGUGGGAGAAACUUCAGUCCAUUAUUACUUGUUACACUAGAUAUGAAGUCUGAUGCAAUUUUCUACCAACUUGAUAUAUUAUCAGAUCCACAAGAAGGAAGACAAAGUAAAAUAAAUCCAU